AUGUCGCAAUCGAAAUCUCACAUCCUUUUCUUCAACGCCGUCCGCCAUGCACUACAGGAGUAUGAAGCUUUGAAGCUGGUGGCCGAUCCCGAAGUGGUUGCUGGAAAGUUUGACGAAGAGUUCGUGAACCAACUGCCUACGUCUUUGAAGUACAUCUGCCAUACUGGCGCCGGAUACGAUCAGAUCGACGUCGAUGCCUGCACGCGGCGCAACAUCAUCGUCACUUAUGCGCCAGACCCAGUCACGUCGGCCACUGCCGAUCUGACCAUUUUCCUUCUCCUCGGAGCCAUCCGCCAGUUGAAUCCCUCUUUUACUAGUCUAAGGAGCGGCAACUUCAAAAAGGGCCUCGACUUUGGCCAUGACCCUCAAGGCAAGACAUUGGGAAUUCUCGGCAUGGGCCGCAUUGGUCGUGCAGUCAAGCGCCGGGCCGAGCCUUUUGGGCUCAAGACAAUCUAUCACAACCGGAAGCCGCUGUCGAAUGAUCUCACUGCAGGCUGUCAAUAUGUUUCCUUCGAUGAACUUCUCAGCACCAGCGAUAUUAUCUCUGUCCACGUCCCGCUAUCAGCCAGUACUACGCACUUGAUCGGAGCCGCAGAGAUCGCCAAGAUGAAGCCGGGUGUAGUUUUGAUCAAUACAGCCCGUGGUGCUGUCAUUGAUGAGGCAGCUAUGGCCGCCGCCCUGGAUGAGGGCCACAUCGCAGCGGUUGGGCUGGAUGUCUACGAAAAGGAGCCACUGGUUGACGAGCGACUAGUCAAUAACGAAAGAGCAUUGCUCGUACCUCACCUGGGAACCCACACCGUUGAGACACUUGGCCAGAUGGAGUCGCUGGCCAUAGAAAACGCACGCCGUGGUGUUUUAAAGGAAAGGUUGUUGACGGUCGUUCCUGAGCAGGCUGAGGCCUACGAGCAGUCCGCGUAG